AUGGUGGGUUCUCAAGCACUUGUCGCGUUUCGAAGAACCGAUGGGAGUUUCAAAGCAUACACUUCACCUAUAACAAGUUAUGCGACUCUUUUGCAAGAGGGUAAUCUUAGCUUCCCUGUUCACAAUGUUUCAGGUACUUAUGAGAAUGGGAGCAUCAUCAUCUUUGCAAGUUUGCAACUUCCAGUGAACACGACAUUGGUACAUGGAUUUUUGAAUGCGAUAAGCUGGGGAAUACUAAUGCCAAUCGGGGUGAUCUUUGCUCGCUACUUGAAGACAUUUAAUGGUUUAGGAGCAACAUGGUUUCAUUUGCAUCGAGCUUGUCAAUCUAUUGCAUUCUUGAUUGGCAUUGUGGGCUUUGUCACUGGUGUGUACAUGGGAAAUCACUAUGGAGUUCAUCAUGGUCCUCAUAGAUGCAUCGGAAUCACUCUAAUUGUUCUAGCAACUGCUCAAGUUUUUGUUGCCAUAUGCCUGAGGCCUAACAAGGAUCACAAGUAUAGAAAAUUUUGGAAUUUUUUUCACUACAUAAUCGGCUAUUCAACGAUUAUCUUAGCCAUAUUGAAUGUCUGUAAAGGCUUUGACAUCCUCCAUGGUCACAUGAUGUGGAAGAAAAUGUAUAUUGGGGUACUCAUAUCCCUAGCCGUGAUUGCUGUGAUGUUGGAGGUGAUAACUUGGAUUCGGUGGUGCAACAAGAGGUCCAACUCUGAGGAAAGUGAUGACCAGCAGCUCCCAUAG